AACAACAAAAAAGAUAACUUAAGGCAUCCUGUAGUUCAAAGCUUGCAGUAUGAAAUUGGAUUUCAGCUUUCGUAUACCGAUAAAGUUAGACGUUUUGAUGCCGGAGUAUUGUCAACAGGUCCGGAACCAACGGAUUGGUUCUUUUUUCCCCCCGGCAUUGAAAAUUUAGUCGUGGAUGGACAUUGUAAUGCUCUUUGCACAGCUCUAGAUUUUCCCAAAAAGGGAAUACAGAUUUACGCGACCCAAUUUUAUACGCAUGGCGAUGUCGCUAAAAUUCACUCGAUUCAGGCGAGAAAUGGCAGAGAGGUGGCUUAUAUAGCGAGAGACGACAAUUACGUUACAGAAUACCAAAAUGUCCGAUAUCUUGAACGAGUUAAAAUUAUCAAACCGGGCGACCACAUAAUUACCAGAUGUCACUAUGAUACAAGAUCAAUUACCUCUUCCGACAAUCCAAAUUUGGAUAAAAUCAAUACAAGCAAACACUCCAAUAUAUCGACCCCAAGCAUAAAUAUAAAAAAAGGCGAUGAAAGUGGGAAUGCCAAAAUAUUUAGAUCUUCCGGCAUAUUUUGGUAUCAGAGACCGUGCAUGCAAUUUUUAUUCUAUUAUCCGAAAUUGAGUAAGCUCGCAUCGUGCAAAAGUGAACCAGUCCCGAGCCAAAUUUAUAAUAUUUUUAAAUCACUACCUAAAAUUAUUACCGGAAAUGAUAGUUAUAUUACCUCCACUAAGAAUGUUACAGAAACGCCUUCGAAGAAGGAAAGGGGUAGACAAUUGGGCGGAAAUCUAAAAUCUUACAAUGAAAAUGAACUUAACGGAAAAUCAAUUUACGAAGUUACUAUGGAACCCAACAAUCAGCCACCAACAACGUUUUACGAGUAUCUCAAUAUAUUUCCAUGGUCGAAGCAAAAAUUAGCUUUACAAAAUCUAAAAAAGAUUUAUGCUAAAGGAGAUUACGUCAAUUUGUGUAGAGAUGUCAAUCGCUCUCCCAUCGCUCCGAACGUCGAAAAAAGACAUACUUACCCGACAAUAUAUCAGAAUUAUCCAGAAAAGGUUACUGUUUCUUGUGCCAAACCCAAGAUUCAUACCAAAUAUCGUAAAAUGCAUAAAUACUUAAUUCAUAAGAUCGCUCGAAAUGAUUCUCAUAAUAAUGAUAUUAUUGGUGAAUAUAUUCCUUCAAACAAUAAUAGAUCCAUUCACAAAGAAAAACCAUUGUCGUCUAUACAUAACGAUUCUGGAUUGUUGUUAGAUCGAAUUAUGUACAAAUAUUAUUUGACUCGAAAUAACAAGUUUUUCGUGAUGAAUACUACCUCCUCACAUAUCGAAGCGCGCAGCUAUAACACCAUAGCACCUCGUGAGCACGUUUCCUCGCCUAAACAAAAAUUGUUUUCCCAUUAUCAAAAUAUUUUUGUUGGCCAUAAAAAUAAGAACACCUUUGACCUGAUCAAGGAACAGCAAAAUAUCUUCAGUAUUAAGGUCGUCGAUGAUAAUAAGUCCAUUUUUAAAGGGAAAAUCUUCGAAAUGGAUUAUGGAAUUCGAAAUAAAAUGGUUAACUUCCGUUUUAAUACUACCUCUUUCAAUGAAUAUCGCAACCAAAAAUUCUCCUUUGACAAUAUCCCUAAUAAGAUCAAUAACGCUGACGGAGAUAGCGAUAUAUACGGAUCGUAUAGAUACCAUAGAAGUAAGGGUCAAUCAUCCGCGAAUGCUAUUGCCCUUAAUACUUUGAUAUUGUUGAUUACAGUGUCGUUAAAUAUAAUAGUAUUCGUCUGACGCGUUAAUUGGAAUUGGGUUUGAUGUUACUACCUUUGCUCAAGGAUAAAUAAAGAUCUUUUUUUAAAAAAAUAUUAUAUACAAAAACCAAUGUCGCGCUAUCGAAUCAUAAGUUUAUUAUCCCUAAUUUUAUGCAAUCAUUGUACAAAAUUUUUAUAUACAUAAAAGAUUUCUUAUUUUAAUAUAUAUAUAAAUUAAUUCAGAGGGUGUUGUUGCUAGGAAGAGGCAAAGACAUGUCCCACAAUUCAAAUUUUAUUUGAGAUUUUUUAUGAGAAAAUCGUUUAUUGUUAGAACACCUAAAAAUCAAGAAAAUUAUUCCAACGCGCUUAAAAUGAGAAUAGCCAACGACGCCAACGCUAUUGAUUAAAUCUAGUUCAUAUAUUUUUAAAAUAAUAUUUCUUUUCCUCAAUCCAUGCAAUAAAAAAAUGUAUUUAAAUUAUUUUAUUAUUAAACUUUAAAUUCA